AUGCAGCAGCAGCAGCAGAAGCAGAAACAGCAGAAGCAGCAGCAGCAGCAGCAGAAACAGCAGCAGCAGAAACAGCAGCAGCAGCAGCAGAAACAGCAGCAGCAGAAACAGCAGCAGCAGAAACAGCAGCAGCAGUGGGAGGAGGAGGAGCUGCAGGAUGCUGAGGCAGAGCUCGGAGCUGCACAGAGGAGACCGGGAGGUUCUGCUGGACCUGGACCUGGACCAUGGACCACAGGCUCAUACCACAGACUCUUACGGGAGCCUACAAGACAACAGCUUUAUUCCACCUCGAUAUCUCGCUACUAUCACCGCAGAAGAUGA